AUGUCUGAAUGGGCUAGAGGAUUACUCGAAAGAAGACAUGAAGUGUGUGACACUGCUAAAGAUAUCACAAAGAUAGUGAGAAUGGAGGUUCCUAAUUUUGAAGGAAAGGUAGAUGCUACUCAAUUUGUUGAUUGGUUGGUUGUAAUUGAAGAGUACUUCAAUUGGUAUGAUAUGAUGGAUGAUCGAAGAGUGAGGUUCGCUAAAAUGAAACUGGUGGGCUUAGUAAAAGUUUGGUGGACAGGUAUUGAAGGAAACAAUAGAAGGAUGGGGCUACCACCAAUCAGCACAAGGCAAGAGAUGAAGGCUAAGCUUCGAGAGAAAUACAUGCCUAUAAAUUACUAUGAUAAGCUGUGUGACCAGCUCAUUAAUUUGAGGCAGCACAACAUGCCCGUUGUUGAGUAUAUGCAAAAAUUUAAUAAGUUAAAAACAAGGAGUCAAAUAGUAGAAGACCAUCGACAAACACUUGCAAGAUUCAAAGCUGGAUUAAGGUCUGAAAUCAAGCAGGAGUUGUUGCAUCAGCCAUUAUACAGCUUGGAACAUGCCUUUCAAGUUGCAUUAGACAUGGAAGAAUACGUGGGACAUUCAUUCCAUAGGAAACCAGAAGCUAUGACCAUGGAAUCCGCCCAAAAGAAGCUCCAUGACACAAGUCGAAGUAUGAAGCCAGGCUCAUCUCAUCCAUUUAAUCCACCUACAGGGUUUAAGUCAUCUUCUUCUCAAGUGGUUGAUCCUAAAGGUAAGAGUAUCAAAUGUUUCAAGUUUCAACAACCUGGCCACAUGGCAUACAAUUGUCCAAAGAAGAACUUGCAUAUUGGGCUGGAACAUGAAGAGGAACCAGAACCACAGAAGGACAAGAAAAAUGAAAAUUCAUUUGACUAUGGAAUCUAUGAUCCUGUUGACUUGGAUAACGAAGAAGUGGACUUUUCUCUAGCUUUUGUUGUGAGACAUAUUCUUGCAGCCCCUAAAAUGGAGGAAGAAGAUUGGCGCCAAACUUCUAUUUUUCAAAUGUUAGUCCAAUGUGGGAAUCAAGCUCAGAAACUCAUCAUUGACAGUGACAGUUGUAUGAAUGUUAUUUUAGCCUCCAUGGUAGAGCGUCUUAAACUUCCAGUUGAGCCACACCCACAACCAUACAAGGUAGCAUGGAUAAAUAACAUGUCUAUUCCAGUAAAUCAAUGUUGUCUUGUUUCUCUUUCUUGUGGUGUUUAUAAUGAUUCUAUUUGGUGUGAUGUGAUCCCUAUGAAAGCAGCACAUAUCAUUCUUGGUCGUCCUUGGCUUUAUGAUCGGGAUGUGCAUCAUUGUGGGAAAGAGAACACAUAUAGCUUCAUGUUUAAGAACCAAAAGGUUGUGUUGAAACCAAUGACUGUUGCUGAAAUGGGAAAAUAUUAG